GCUAAGCCGUUUUCUCUUGUUUUCUUAUACCAACUGUUCCUACAGAGCCGGAACGGCGGAGGUGACUUGAUGGAUGGCCGUGCCCAGCCACCGAUCCUACCAGGAAUUGGAAGCGGUUAGGCCAUUAGGUACCCCGCAAGCAGCUUCAGCUUCCUAAAGCUUUCGGUAGCUUCUUGAGUACAUGCUUGCAUACCUACAUACAUGUGCAAUAUGACAAGCUUUCGACACAUAACGGCAGUGUUGGCCUUCGCCUCGCCUGCCUUAGUCUAUGGCCUCUACCAAAAUGGAUCGAUUGCCUCACCCUGCGACUCACCCUUGUACUGCCAGGGCGAUGUUCUAAAGCAGAUCGAGCUUGCUCAACCCUUCUCUGACUCUAAGACAUUCGUAGACUUACCAACAAGAGCAUCUUUAGACGACGUUCUUGCCGCGUUCGAUAAACUUGCUAAGCCACUCAGCAACAACACCGAACUUAACGACUUCCUAUCGACUUACUUUGGCGAGGCUGGGUCUGAGCUAGCCCAGGUUCCCCGGGACCAAUUAGAGACCAACCCUGCUUUCUUGGACAAAAUCGAUGAUUCCGUGAUAAAACAAUUCGUACAGAAGGUCAUCGACAUCUGGCCCGAUUUGACCCGGACGUACGUGGGUGCUGCUAAUUGCACAGGAUGUGUUGACAGCUUUAUUCCAAUGAACCGCACAUUUGUUGUUGCUGGAGGUCGGUUUAGAGAGCCCUAUUAUUGGGACUCUUACUGGAUCAUCGAGGGUUUGCUGAGAACUGGUGGCAGCUUCACUCGAAUUUCCAGGAAUAUAAUCGAGAAUUUCUUGGACUUCGUCGACCAAUUCGGAUUUGUACCCAACGGUGCACGUGUAUAUUAUUUGAAUCGUUCCCAGCCGCCGCUCCUAACACAGAUGGUCAAGACUUAUGUUGACUAUACUAACGAUACGAGCCUUCUCGAGCGUGCGUUACCUCUACUGAUCAAAGAGCAUGAUUUCUGGAUACAGAAUCGUACGAUAGCGAUUCAGUCGGGCGACAGGACCUUCCAUCUGACGCAUUACGGAGUCCAGAAUACCGAACCACGACCAGAGUCAUACAGCGAAGAUUAUAUUACGGCUAAUAACAACUCCUAUUACUCAAACUCCGGUAUUAUUUACCCUGAGACGCACGCUUUGAAUGAUAGCGAGAAAGCUGAACUCUACGCCAACCUUGCUUCCGGCGCUGAAUCAGGGUGGGAUUACAACUCCCGUUGGAUUGCCACGCCAUCUGAUGCUGCCAAUGAUGUGUACUUCCCCCUGCGGUCCCUCAACACCGCGAACGUAAUAGGUGUCGACCUAAAUUCGAUAUUAUAUGCUAACGAGAUGACUAUUUCUACUUACCUAAAACAGGCUGGGAAUGGUUCAUUAGCCACAGAGUUCGAGGAGAUGGCUCAGAAUCGUUCGGCCGCCAUGUAUUCGCUAAUGUGGAAUGACAAGUACAUGAGUUAUUUCGAUUACAACCUGACCUCCAGAUCGCAAAAUAUAUACGUGCCGUCAGAUUCGGAUACCACACCAGCGCAAAAGGCAGAUGCCCCUGAAGGAUACCAAGUCUUUUUCCAUAUUGCACAAUUUUAUCCUUUCUGGCUAGGUGCAGCUCCUGCGCAACUUAGGGAAAAUCCUCUAGCUGUGAAACUCAUCUUUCAGCGUGUAUCUGAUCUUAUUUCCGAGAAGGCAGGCGCCGUUGCUGCGACGAACUACAGGACCGGCCAGCAGUGGGAUCAACCGAAUGUCUGGCCACCGCUGAUGUAUGUACUUAUAAAAGGUCUUCUCGAAACGCCAGCAACAUUUGGUCCGGAAGAUCCCUCCUACAUCGCGACGCAAGACUUAUCCCUCAAGUUAGCGCAACGAUACCUAGACAGCACGUUCUGUACGUGGCUUGCAACCGGUGGCUCUACGGACGAAACACCCCAACUACAGGGGUUCGGCCCUGGAGAUACCGGAAUUAUGUUCGAAAAAUAUGCUGACAACUCGACGAAUGUCGCCGGAGGAGGCGGCGAAUAUGAAGUUGUUGAGGGAUUCGGCUGGACAAAUGGCGUGCUCAUCUGGGCGGCUGAUACAUUCGCUAAUAAGUUAAAGAGGCCGGAUUGCGGAAAUUUGACGGCAGCGAAUACUAGCCAACAGGACAAGAAAAGAGAUAUCUUCGGCCGGCGAGCUGUUGAGUUGACCAUUCAUGACGCUCGGUGGAUAACUAAAUAUGGACGGACAUCACAAAGGGGUUAGGAAGUCCUAGUAUCUAUAUUUUGGGACUGGGAUAGAGUAACUUCCCCUUUAAUUCUGCGAUUUCCUGAGCCGCAUCAUAUUAUCCUCAGUACAUAGUAGUAUAUCGUAUAAUAACAAUAUACUAAUUAUGCUUUCG